AUGCAUUUUGCCUCAGCAGAAGGCUGUCAGACAGCUAUCAAGGAGUUCAACGACACUGAUGAUUCCGCAACACUGCGAUUAUGUCUACACCAGCUUCUCGAGCACAUCACGGAGAACUACAGCGACAAGAUCGCCCUAACUUGUGCCAACACGACACUCACUUUUGGAGAACUCAACGCGUUUGCGAAUCGGUUUGCCAGGGUUCUUGUUCAACAAGGAGUCACGAAUGGCAACCUCAUCGGCGUGGCCCUCGAUCGCUCGGUCGACCUCGUCGCGGUAUUGCUAGCAGUCUGGAAGACAGGCGCGACAUACGUGCCUAUUGACCCGGCCCUUCCUGCAGAACGCAUAAAGCAAAUGAUGGACGAUGCCUGUCCAAAGCUACUCAUCACCGGGGGUAACACACCCGACGCCUUCGCUUCCUGGAGAAGCGUGUGCCUGAGCGUCGACGAGUUGCUACACACGAUAAAUUCCGACUCCGAUAGCAGUAACCUUGGCGUGUUAGUACGGAGCGAAGAUCUUGCCUAUGUCAUGUACACCUCCGGCUCGACUGGCCGGCCUAAGGGUGUCGAGGUCAGCCACGGGAAUAUCUCAAACUUACUAUUAUCGAUGCAGAAGGAACCAGGAUGCAACGAAACGGAUCGGCUGCUCGCUAUCACCACAGUAUCUUUCGACAUGGCCGUUCUCGAGCUGUUUCUGCCACUUCUCUGCGGCGCAACAACAGUCAUCGCACAAAGACAUGAAGUAAAAGACCCAACCGCCCUUAUCAGACUUAUGGAGCACCACCAAAUCACCAUGAUGCAGGGGACACCCGCAAUCUGGCAAAUGUUACUUGAUUCAGGCUGGCGAGGCCAGCCUCGGCUUAUGAAGAUAUUAUGCGGUGGCGAAGCGCUGCCUCGACCACUAGCAGAUCGCUUGCUGGCCUGCAGCGACAUGAUGUGGAAUAUGUAUGGCCCGACGGAGGCAACUGUGUAUGCGAGCAUCUGGAGAGUAUGCCAAGGUCACGAUGUUGUUAUUGGAAGUCCCAUCACCAACGGCCGCCUCUACGUGCUCGAUGAGAACCUGUCGCCAGUACUACUCGGCUGUCCUGGUGAGCUGUAUAUUGGAGGGGCCGGCGUGGCACGUGGUUAUCGCAACAACAGCGAACUUUCCCGCUCUCGAUUCCUCGACAACCCCUUUCACGGUGGCCUGAUGUAUCGAACCGGUGAUCUCGCUCGCAUGGUGGCGCCCGGAAAAUUGAGCGUGAUGGGCCGAAUGGAUGGGCAGGUGAAGAUCCGAGGCCACAGAAUUGAGCUAGGUGACAUCGAAGCGGCUAUUACUGAGCUUGAAGACAUCUCUGGGGCAGUUGUGGUUUGCCGUGAAGACCGACUGGUAGCCUAUUGCGUGCAAAAGGCGAGGGCGCUCAGGAGUAGAGUUGAAGUCAAGACAGCGCUUGACCGUGUGUUACGCCCUUGGCUGGCCGAGCGACUGCCAGCUUACAUGAUGCCAGCAUUCUUUGUUGAAAUGGAAGCUUUCCCGGUGACGAUUAAUGGCAAAAUUGACCGCAAAGCCCUCCCAGAUCCAGUGGCGGAAAUGCAGACUACGGCCGACAUGAAGCCCGCCACUGAGUUGGAGGGGUUGAUACUCGCAAUUUGGUCGAGGGUCCUUGGCCAUGACCGUGUCGGCGUCAAUGAUAAUUUCUUUGAGGUUGGAGGAGACUCUGUACGUGUCGUCCGCGUCCAAAAAGAGCUCGAGAGACUGCUAGGCCGGCCGGUUUCGUCACCCAAACUGUUUGAACACUAUACUAUCAAGACAUUAGCAGCGCAUCUGACCAGCUCGCCUGAUAUGGCUGGUCCGAAACUUGUUACUCAGCAAUGUCGUGUGAAUAAUACCGAAGAUAUUGCUAUUGUCUCCAUGGCAUGUCGGCUACCCGGUGGCAUUACCACCCCAGAGGACUUUUGGGAGCUACUCGAACGUGGUGGUGACGCCAUCACCGAUGUGCCCGAGGACCGUUGGGAUGUUGAUGCCCUAUACGAUGUCAGCUCAGACGCUCAAGGCAAAACGUUUUGCCGCCGUGGUGGAUUCAUUCCUUCAAUCAACUCGUUUGACCUAUCUUUCUUCGGCAUCUCACCCCGAGAAGCACGCACCCUGGACCCUUCGCAGUACAUGAUGUUGGAGACUUGCUGGGAAGGAUUUGAGCGUGCGGGUUAUACUAUGGAACAGUUACGCGGUAGCCAGACUGGCGUGUUCAUCGGCACCAGCAAUAUUUUAGCCCAUCACAGUCUUAACCCAACCGCCAUCAGAGACUUGGCAGAUCUUGAUGGAUACACGGUGACAGGCUCAGCUGGUGGCACGAUGUCCGGCCGUAUCUCCUACCAACUAGGCCUAGAGGGCCCAGCAAUGACUAUAGACACUGCGUGCUCCUCCUCACUGGUCACGACUCACUUGGCCUGUACUGCGCUGCGUCAGGGUGAAUGCGACAUGGCUGUGUCUGGUGGUGUAAGCCUGUUGCUUAAUCCCGGACUACAUGUGGAAUUCAGCCGGCUACAGGGCAUGUCGCCGGAUGGCCGUUGUCGGUCAUUUUCUGCCGACACUCAAGGCACAGGAUGGUCCGAGGGCUCUGUUGUCGUCAUCCUUAAGCGGUUAUCCGACGCUCAACGCGAUGGUGAUCUGAUCCAUGCCGUGAUACGCGGCACCGCCGUCAACCACGAUGGCCGCAGUGCCACCUUGACAACGCCCAGCGGCCCUGCCCAGCAACGACUCAUUCGUACGGCCCUCAGUGCGGCUAGGCUACAGCCUGAUGACAUCGACUACGUUGAGGCUCAUGGCACAGGUACUAAACUGGGCGAUCCAAUCGAAGCUACGGCGCUGGCGGAGGUAUUUAGCCCCAGCCGUGUCAAUGUAGAACCGCUAUUGAUCGGUUCGGCGAAAUCUAAUAUCGGCCACACACAAGCCCCCGCUGGUCUCGUAGGUCUGUUAAAAGUGACACUGGCCAUGCAGCAUAGCAUCCUGCCACAGACUUUGCAUGUCUCCAAGCCUACUCCGGCGGUGGAUUGGCAGCGUGCGAAUAUGACGCCCGUGCAGAGUAAACGACCGUGGCUAUCACAAGGAAGCCGGCUGCGCCGGGCUGGGGUUAGUGCAUUCGGCAUCGGUGGAACAAAUGCUCAUGUUAUCGUCGAAGAACCACCGAGGCGGAUUGCAGUUGCGGAUAAUGCGAAGGCGGCCAUUCGGUUGCCUUCCAUUAUGCCGUUCCUCCUCUCAGGCGACACCGACGCAGCCCUGCGCAUGCAGGCCGAGAAGCUUCAUCGACACAUCAGCAGCACUGUUGACCAGGACGUUCUUGGUGAUGUGGCCUACUCCCUGGCCACCACUCGCAGUCAUUUCCGAAGGCGUUUGGUAUUGAUGGCCGAAGGCAAGGCUGAGCUGUUGGAGAAGCUGGACUCGAUCACCCACCCGGACUCUUUCGCUUUGUUUGCAAGCGACGCUGCUGAGGCGCCUAAGCUAGCCAUGCUCUUCACUGGCCAAGGCAGCCAAUGGCCAGGCAUGGGCAAGGAGCUCUGCGAGGUCUAUCCCAUCUUUCGCGAAACGAUAAGCGAGAUCGCGGCCGAGUUCACGGAGUUGGAAUUGCCGCUGCUCGAUGUCAUGUGGGCGGAACCUGGUAGCAAAGCCGCCACAUUGUUAAAUCGUACUGAUUUUACCCAGCCUGCUCUAUUCGCUUUGGAAGUGUCGUUAUGGAGACUGUGGCAGAGCUGGGGCGUAAAGCCGGAGUUUGUGCUCGGCCAUAGCUUGGGCGAGCUUGUGGCUGCUCACGUAGCGGGCAUCUUUGACCUGCCUGAUGCCUGUCGAUUAGUUGCGGCGCGUGGUCGAUUAAUGCAGGCUCAAUUUGGUGAUUUCACUAUGGUAUCACUCGGCGCCAGCGCCGCUGAGGUAGCAGUAGCAGUUGAGCAACUGGACCAUGGUGGUAAGGUCGAUGUCGCUCUCUAUAACACACCAAUACAGACAGUCAUAUCUGGCGAUAUUGAUGCCGUCGAAAGCAUAAAGAGUUAUUUUGCUGGGCAAGGCCGCAAGACCAAGACCCUGGUCGUUGGGCAUGCCUUUCACUCCCGUCAUAUGGACGGUAUGCUAAUAGACUUCCGAGCCGUAGCCGAGACCGUACGGUUUAAACCUCCCCAGCUAAACAUCGUCAGCAGUCUAGACGGCAGGCUGGUCAAGGCGGGCCAGCUCGAACAAGCGGAUUAUUGGGUUAAGCAGGCACGCGAGCCAGUUCGCUUUAGUGACGGCAUCCAGGCGUUGGCCCAUCACGGUGUCAACAUCUUCCUUGAGAUAGGACCGCAGGAAGUGCUUUGUGGCAUGGGUGCAGCGUGUCUUGCAGACGAUGACAAAAGCAAGUCUGUUGCCUGGUUGCCAUCUCUCAUCCCUCGCAAAGACAGCACCUUGAUUCUUCAACGCAGUGUUGCUGAUCUACAUAUGCGGCACGUACCUAUCGACUGGCCAGCCUAUUUCAAACCUUUUGGCUGUCAGCGCGUGGAAAUGCCAACCUACCCCUUCCAACGGGAGUGCUUUGUCCGCCUCAACACGCAGCAAGGUGCUGCUACUAAUGGUAUCAGCAACACCACCGGCCGUGCUCCCCAAGGCGGCGAAGGGCGCUUCCAGUUCGGGAUAUUUUGGCAUCCAGUGAAGACGGUCAAUGUCCAUCACAGCGGGACCUGGGGUAUUUUGCUUCCAGCUGAUAAUGUGACGUGGACAAGGAGUGUGACAGCCACCCUGUCACGAGCCGGUAUAAGACUGGUUGAAGUCGAGCAUCUCAGCCAUGCUGAGAAGCUGGAUGGCCUGAUAUGCUUGUGGGACUCGGAUACCGACGUCAUAUCGCAGACGCGAGAUUUCAUUUCAAAGGCGCUGACACAACUGCAGACGGCAGCCCAGACUCAGUUUAUGCCGCCGCUUGUAUGGGUCACUCACCAUGCGGUCGGUACUGGUACUGAGUCCGACGACCGGCCCAUGAGACUCGGAGCGGGGCCGCUAUGGGGUCUAAUGCGGACUGCCAGGAACGAGCAUCCGGAAUUGCACUUGCGCUUGGUCGACUUGGGUGAGGAAACUGGCUCCUGUAUCGCAUCAGCGUUGAUGCUAAACGCCGAACCGGAAUGCGCUGUGCGCCAGGACCGAGUGCUUGUCCCGCGGAUGCAGCGCAUUAACUCGGUACCGAAGCCGUUAGCCAAGCAACAACUUAUUCGAACGGACGGUGCAGUGCUGAUAACAGGCGGGCUCGGUCAUCUCGGAGCGCGCGUAGCACGGUGGCUGGCGAGUGACCAUGAUAUCCGCGACCUAGUACUGACCUCACGCCACGGCAUGGAAGCUUCCGGCGCGGGUGCAUUGGUAGUCGAACUCUCUAGGCUCGGCGUCAGAGUCACUGUGAUUGCUAGUAACAUAGCUGAUCCAGAGAGUAUCAAGGCAAUCAUGGCAAUAUUUAGCAAAGAUCGGCCGCUGCGGGGCGUAGUUCACGCGGCCGGUGUUGUAGACUCCGGUGUCCUCUUAGCCAUGACGCCGGAGCGCUGCGCGACAACACUUGCGGCCAAGGUGCACGGCGCUUGGCUUCUCCAUCAAUCAACUCAAAAUUUGGAUCUGGACGUCUUUUUGAUGUUCUCUUCCAUCUCUGGCGUCAUGGGCAUGCCGGGUCUUGCGAAUUAUGCCGCAGCCAACGCCUUUCUUGACGCGCUGUCGCACCUGCGUCGCGCCCAGCACUUGCCGGCCACCUCAGUGGCCUAUGGCACCUGGGAAGAAGACGGCAUGGCGUCCAGACUUAGCGCAACCACCCGUUCUCACCUUAAUCACUUUGGCCUUGACCCCCUGACACCUGAUAAGGGGCUGGAGUUGUUGAAACAAGCUGUGGUCAGCACUCGUGCGCUGACCGUGGCAGCCGCGCUUGAUUUGAGACGGCUUCGGGGCUUUUUUGAGGAACAAGGCGGUAUACCGCCGUUGCUUCGUUCGCUUCUAAUUCGGGACAGCACCCAGGCCUCCCGAGGCUGGGAUCUGCGCAAGGUUUUGAGCGAAGCUGAACCUGGGCAGCACGCCGAUAUUGUGCUGAACAUGAUCCGAGAAGUAGUUGCCAAGACAUUGGGUUUUACGCACGCGCUUGAUGUGGAUGUGGACCGUCCUUUGCAAGAGAUCGGAAUCGACUCCUUGACCGCGGUCCAGAUGCGCAAUUAUCUGGCGACACUGACGGGCUUGACACUCUCCGUCAAUAUUGCAUUCCUUAAUCCAAACCUAAAGGCGCUUAGCCAGUCCCUGUUGUCCCAGCUGGAGGACACGGAUACGUCGUCCACUACGACCGCAUCUAGUAGUGUGACUUCUGCCACCACGGCAUCUGAAUCUCCUGAUUUGAACAUGACAGCGAUCCGAAAAGGCUGUCUCGACAGCAGCUUCAUGUUCGACAACGUAACUCGGGACCCAACUACAUGUACCACACGUCCCAGGUCCGUCUUUCUCACAGGUGCUACCGGUUUUGUCGGUGCCUCUAUCCUGUACGAGCUGCUCAAGCAGGGCAUCACUACGCACUGCCUCGUGCGCGCCGACAAUGUCGAUGAGGCAAGGCAGCGGCUUGUGAGCACUCUAGAAGACUAUGGUCUCUGGGAACCCAACUUUGCGUCGCUGAUCAACCCGAUGGUUGGUGACAUAGCCCAACCCUUACUCGGCUUGACCAAGGAAGUAUUCGACGACUUGGCGGAUCGAGUCGAUGCCAUUUGUCACUCUGGCGCUCUUGUCGACUGGAUGCGACCGCUGGAAGACUACGUCGGUCCCAAUAUUGUUAGCACUCACGAGAUUCUGCGCCUAGCCUCGUGCGGCUGUGCCAAGGCAGUCCACCUUGUGUCCACGAUCUCCACAUUACCUAAGCAUAUGGGUCUAGACCUUACCGAGGGAGAUCAAGAAUACGGUUAUGGGACCUCAAAAUACGUUGCAGAAAGGCUCAUAGCCGCGGCCUGUUGGCGCGGCGCCAAGGCAUCCGUCUACCGUUUACCCUACGUCACUGCCUCAACUACGACUGGUCACUUCCGGCUCGAUCGCGGUGAUUUCUUACACAACUUGAUUGUCGGAAGCCUUGAGUUGGGAGCGUUCCCGUCAUUGGAUGCUGAUAUGUCCGCUGUGCUACCUAUCGACUACCUGAGUAAAACCAUCGUGGCCGUGAUGACACAAGAUAUGCAUCGAAUAGGCCGGGACUACGACUUUUUGAACACAUGUGCACCGACUUGCAAUGACUUCUUCAAGCUGAUAGGUGCCGUUAGUGGUGGAAAGGAGAUCGUAACCUUCGGUACGUGGAAGCAACGGGCACUGGACUAUGCUACCGCACAUUCGACAAGCCCACUGGCCCGCAUCACUGCUGUCUUCGACAGGUACAAGGACGAAACCGCGGCUGAUAUGUUUAAGGGUUUGUCUGUUGGAGAGCACGUCUUUGGAGGCAAUGAUUAUCCCGCGCCGUUGUUUAACGAGCGGUUUAUUCACGCAUAUUUAAAUCGUAUUAGUAUGCACUCCGACAAAAGUACGUAA